AUGUCGUUGAGACCCUCCACCACGGGUGGCUGUAAACUUCUUGGCGGGUUGGUAUCCGCUUUUGGUACUGCUCUUCACGAUUAUUGCAGAAGGCCCCCAGCUUUUUUCCCGGAGCCUGUUGAUGUUUGGCUGGCGGCGUUGAUGGAUGCUGUACCAUUUUAUCAGCGAUGUAUGGUGAUUUGUCCUUCAAUGAUGUCAAGCGAUCGUGAGAAUUCAUUGUUGGCCCGUGCCCGGGAUCAUCUGCCCUCCGUGCGUCUGGCGCCUCUAAGAAGACGCUCCUGGGAAGUUUCUCAACGAGCCGAAUCGGCAGCGUCGCUGCGAGAGGAUGGAAAGGUGGCCAAGGAGGUCACGCCGGGACAGUUGCCUGCAUUAAUUUCGCCGCUGGAAAAAACGCCACCGCAAUCUCUUGAUCUUGUGGUGUUUGCGGCAAAUGUCUUUGGGGAAGAGAUGCUGCACGACGCGCCGUGGCAUCUGUCGCUUGCCCACCGUUGUCUUGCUCCUCAUGGGGUUGUGGCGAUUAUGGGCUAUGCGACCCGCGUUUGUGUGGUGGCGCCAGAAGCGGCGCGAAGGGACGCAGAUGACUUUAUGGAAGAUCUGCAACGCACGGCCCGUGAGGCAGCGAAGAUGAAGGAUUCAAAAGAGCUCCGCGUGGCUUUGGGGCGCGCUAUUGAUAUCAGUAGCAGUUUGGAUGCGGGACAUGCCGACAUGUACUUUCCUUUUCGAUCGACAAAAAGGCGGUGGUUUACAUCUGAGUACGCUGCCACUCCUGCGCAGCUCGCCGCAUCGUACCGGGCCCUUCCGGAGUACCAACUACUCUCCAGGGAAAUGCCCCGUUAUCGCC